CUAACUGCGGCUGCGCAGGAAGCAAAACACACACUCACACUAACCUGAAAGCGGUGCAAUGUCUUUUUGUAGUUUCUUCGGUGGAGAGGUCUAUAAAGACCAUUUUAAAACAGGGAUUUAUGUUUGUUCCAAGUGUGAUCACCAGCUGUUCACCAGCCGCUCCAAGUAUGAGCACUCAUCUCCCUGGCCAGCCUUCACAGAGACCAUCCAAAAGGACAGUGUGACCAAACAUGAGGAGAGACCUGGGGCAUAUAAGGUGCGGUGUGGGAAAUGUGGAAAUGGACUAGGCCAUGAGUUUGUAAACGAUGGGCCAGCCAAAGGGCUAUCUCGCUUCUGAAUAUUCAGCAGCUCACUGAAGUUCAUCCCUAAAGAUGAGGUUGAUGGACAGUAAAGUGAGCACUCAGAUGGAAGUGCUGCUGGACUGUUAGACUCUGUGCUGCUGAAGGUGUAGACAGUGAAUGAAGUGUUCUGGGACAAAGCCCAGUCUGGGACCACCAGGGCUCUGAUGAUCGAUGGCCUCACUGGACAGCAAGAACAGAGGACUGGUCUCAACAGCCUUUUUUAUUAUGCAAUCACAUCACACUCUAUUUAGGAUAACGUCACUGGUAACACAGUCACUUGCUGUGUUCCAUUUACCUCGGAGGUCGGAGCUGAGAAUGACGUCACACCCGAGUUGACGGCAUUCCAGUAACAAGUCAGAAAACAUCACUCCUCCAGCUGUUGUUUUUCAACUAGCCAGGUUAGCUAUUGAUACGCUGGUUGAUUUAAAAAAAAAACAACAACCCACAUUGUAUUUGUAUUUACUCACAC